CGCGAACGCACCGAUCCUGUGCGGUUGCCGAGUUGACCCCGUCAUCCGGAGCUGUCUCCCUUGUCUCAGAGCGUCCCGCAGCCUUUCAAUUGCAGCUCGGGAGCUUCGAUCCGAUUGACGUUUCCUCCCUCUCCUUUUCGCACUUUUCUCACAUUCAGCCACAACGAUGGCCUCCAAGUUCACGCGAGAAUAUAAGCUGGUGGUGGUCGGCGGUGGUGGCGUCGGCAAGUCCUGCCUUACCAUUCAGCUGAUUCAAUCGCAUUUCGUCGACGAAUAUGACCCGACCAUUGAGGACUCGUACCGGAAGCAGUGCAUCGUCGACGAUGAGGUGGCGCUGCUGGACGUGCUAGACACGGCGGGUCAGGAGGAGUACUCGGCGAUGCGGGAGCAGUACAUGCGCACCGGCGAGGGCUUCCUGCUUGUCUAUUCGAUCACGUCGCGGGAGAGCUUUGAAGAGAUCAGGACUUUCCAACAGCAGAUCCUGCGAGUCAAGGACAAGGACGCGUUUCCCAUGGUGGUGGUUGGCAACAAGCUUGACUUGGCGAGCGAGCGCAAGGUCUCGGUCGAAGAGGGCAGAAUGCUGGCGGAGGAGUUCAAGUGCAAGUUCCUCGAGACGUCAGCCAAGACCAACACCAAUGUGGAGCAGGCCUUCUACGAGGUCGUGCGGGCGAUCAGGAGAUACAACCGCGAGAUGCAGGGUGGGCCGGCCGCGGCAGGCGGUCUCGCGCACAACGCCGGCGGCAUGGGCAAGAUGGACAUGGCCGACGAGGACACCGAGGCCGGUUGCUGCUCCAAGUGCGUUCUGAUGUGAAGGGCAGGAAAAGGAAACCAAUCGUUUGGAACUUUUGCUGUCUGCCGGCGGAGAAAUGGCCCUCCCACGGUACCUCGACCUCCGGGGCGUGAGGAAUGGAGGAAAGGUCAGUGCUUGUACAUUGGAGGGGUUGAUGGCGAAGUGGUGCGGUGCCUUGGAUCUUGGGGUGUGUUCUGCCCUGCACACGAGUCACGGCGGGAACAUUUUGCA